UGCUCCCGACUCGGCGCUCUCUCCACUACAGCCUUACUAGCUCCCACUGCCAGUAUCCGGCGUUAUGGCUGCCGCUCUAUCCCGCUCCUCUUCCCUCUCCCCACUGUUUCCCUUUUUCUUGUUCCUCCAGCUUCUCUCCGCUCCGCAGGGCAGCAGCGGCCUGCACACCAAGGGCGCCCUUCCCCUGGAUACAGUCACUUUCUACAAGGUCAUUCCCAAAAGCAAGUUCGUCUUGGUGAAGUUCGACACCCAGUACCCCUACGGAGAGAAGCAGGAUGAGUUCAAGCGUCUGGCUGAAAACUCAGCCUCCAGUGAUGAUCUCUUGGUGGCAGAGGUGGGAAUUUCAGAUUAUGGUGACAAGCUGAAUAUGGAGCUAAGUGAGAAAUACAAGUUGGACAAAGAGAACUACCCAGUCUUUUACCUCUUCCGGGAUGGGGACUUUGAGAACCCAAUCCUAUACAGUGGGCCGGUUAAGGUUGGAGCCAUCCAGCGCUGGCUAAAGGGGCAAGGGAUCUACCUAGGUAUGCCAGGUUGCCUGCCUACAUACGAUGCCCUUGCUGGGGAGUUCAUCAGGGCCUCUGGCGUGGAGGCCCGCCAGGCCCUCUUGAAACGAGGGCAGGACAACCUGGCCAAUGUGAAGGAGACUGAGAAGAAGUGGGCUGAGCAGUACUUGAAGAUCAUGGGGAAGGUCUUAGACCAAGGUGAGGACUUCCCAGCAUCAGAGAUGACCCGGAUCACCAAGCUGAUUGAGAAGAACAAGAUGAGCGACGGGAAGAAGGAAGAGCUCCAGAAGAGCUUAAACAUCUUGACUGCCUUCCAGAAGAAGGGGGUCGAGAAGGAGGAGCUGUAAAAAGGGACUCUAGGGUUUUCCAGAGUUUGGUGUGGGUGGGGAGGGAGAGUUUCCUGCUGGCUGUGAGACCUUUCUGGGAUAUAAGAAAUCUGAGCAUGCACAGACAUUGAUGCUGAUAUGACCAUGCUUGGGACAUCUCUAUAGCUAGUCCAGGUACAGGUAGAACAUUUACUCACAUGGCUUAUGAAUUUUCUCCUCAGAAGGAAUUGGUGCUAUAAAGAAUGUACUGCCCACAUUCUUGAAAGGUGUAAUUCUAAUCCAAUUAAAGUUUCCAUGUUUUGGUUGAGUGGACCUUAAGCCAUUCAGUUUUCUUUCACAAAUUAUACUUUGGACUAUGA